AUGUCCAGUGGUCAACCGUGCAUCAUGUUUCAGGCCAGGAAAGUUGCCCUGAGUUACAGGCAGCAGAAGCAGCUGGACCUGACUGAGCAAGCUUUUUCUCCCCAGAAAUCUGUGGACACCAGUCAGUCCAUCUGCAGCCACGACAGGGCAACGCUCGUCAUGAAGUUCGGUGAUGUUGAGGAUUUAAAAGGCCUGUCCAUCAGACUCCAGCUGUCCAACACUUUCUACGAGUCUUCAGGUCAAUGGUGGUUUUCUGUGGACAGCAUCUCUCUGCUCUUCAACACUACUGGGGAGGCAGUGUUCAAUGUCACUGAGGUGUACGCUCCGACCUCCUCUUCCUAUCACUGCCUUCAUGUCAGCAACCUACAGCGUCACAGUGCUCUGCUGCUGCCCACCAAUGACCCCGCCCACCAGUGGACUGUCACCUUCACUGACUUCCAGAUCCAGGCCUUCAACAUCACAAGUUCCAAGUUUUCUGCAGCCAGCGACUGUGCCACCUUCCUGACACCAGCCAUCCUGAUGGGCCUCAUCACUUCCCUCAUCCUUCUGCUGGUCCUGGCCUAUGGCCUGCACAUGGUCAUCCACCUCAAACACAUUGAACACAACGAGGAACAAAAGGCACACAUCUAUUUCCUUCAAAAUGCUGAACAGUCUGACCACGGCUACAUGGAAAAUGUUAAGGAAAAAAACAUUCUAUAGUGUCAACACAUGUAAACACUAUAAGAUCGUGGUUUAUUUUUUGUUUGUUUGUUUUUUUUCUGGCUUUUUCCGUUUUUUCCAACCUUUGCUAAUUGUUACGGAACCACCAAUUUUUGGUUCUAAGGGCACCUGGAUUUAGUCAAACACAAUGAUGACAUUAUGACUGACAGAAAUGGAAAAUGACACAAGAAAAUAAUGUUCAUAAAUCUAUCCAAAGACAAUAUAUCCAUAUGUAAAAGUCUAUGACGAGGACACAGAAAAAUAAGGAGAACAAAAUAGAAAUGUUGUUGUUAAAAUUGAAUUACUACUGUAAACAUCAAUCACACCUCUCAACACACAAGCACAAUUCAACUCCACUGGUUUAUAAAUAACCCGUCCACACACUUCCUGGUUAAUCGGCUGUAUUAGACCUACUUUCUGUAAAUUGACCUCAACUCUGGCCACAACAGUAACAUUUCUCUAGUGCACUGAAACUGCAUGGUAUGUACAUUACAGUUUUGUUGUUUUGUUCAUAUACAUUUCCUCGUUGCAUUAAAACAGUCAAAAUAGGCAAACAAGGACUU